UGUGACUGAGGCGUUAAGGAAGAUUUGUCGGCGCGGGGAUGGCCACAUCGGGCUGCAUGGGUGUCGCGGAUCUCUUGCGGCGGGCGGUAGCGGCGCGUGCCUCCCGGGCUCUGGUGGCUUUCGCCACGAGCCGGCGCCUGCUGCGCACUAGUCCGCCGAGCCGAGCUUUCGCCAAGGAGCUCUUCCUGGGCAAAAUCGAGAAGAAAGAAGUUUUCCCGUUUCCAGAAGUUAGCCAAGAUGAACUUAAUGAAAUCAAUCAGUUUGUGGGACCUGUAGAAAAAUUCUUCACUGAAGAGGUGGACUCUGAAAGAAUUGACCGGGAGGGAAAAAUCCCAAAAGAAACGUUAGAGAAAUUGAAGAGCUUGGGGCUUUUUGGGCUACAAGUCCCAGAAGAAUAUGGUGGCCUGGGCCUCUCCAACACCAUGUACGCACGUCUAGGAGAAAUUGUCGGCCUGGAUGCCUCGAUCGCUGUGACCCUGGCAGCACACCAGGCUAUUGGUCUCAAGGGGAUCAUCUUGGCUGGCAACAAGGAGCAGAAGGCCAAAUACCUGCCCAAACUGGCAUCAGGGGAGCACAUCGCUGCCUUCUGUCUGACGGAGCCAAGCAGUGGGAGUGACGUGGCCUCCAUCAAGUCCAGGGCCACGCUGAGUGAGGAUAAGAAGCACUACAUCCUCAAUGGCUCCAAGGUCUGGAUCACCAAUGGAGGACUGGCCAAUAUUUUUACUGUGUUUGCGAAGACACAGGUUGUUGAUUCCGACAGCUCAGUAAAAGACAAAAUCACAGCAUUCAUAGUAGAGAGAGACUUUGGUGGAGUCACUAAUGGGAAACCUGAGGAUAAGUUAGGCAUACGCGGCUCCAACACUUGUGAGGUGCAUUUUGAAAACACCAAGGUGCCCAUCGAGAAUGUCCUUGGAGAAGUCGGAGGCGGGUUUAAGGUAGCCAUGAACAUCCUCAACAAUGGGCGGUUCAGCAUGGGCAGCACUGUGGCCGGGAUGCUCAAGAAAUUGAUUGAAAUGACUGCUGCAUAUGCCUGCUCGAGGAAACAGUUCAACAAGAACCUCAGUGAAUUUGGACUAAUUCAGGAGAAGUUUGCCCUGAUGGCUCAGAAGGCUUAUGUAAUGGAAAGCAUGGCCUACCUCACUGCGGGGAUGCUGGACCAACCAGGGUUUCCUGACUGCUCCAUCGAGGCUGCCAUGGUGAAGGUGUUCAGCUCAGAGGGCGCCUGGCAGUGCGUGAGCGAGGCACUGCAGAUCCUCGGGGGCUCGGGCUACGUGAAGGACUACCCGUACGAGCGCUUCCUGCGUGACAGCCGCAUCCUGCUCAUCUUCGAGGGAACCAACGAGAUUCUCCGGAUGUACAUUGCCCUGACAGGCCUGCAGCAUGCCGGCCGCAUCCUGACUGCAAGGAUCAACGAGCUUAAACGGGGCAACGUGACCACUAUCCUUGAGACCGUCGGCCAGAGGCUGCGAGACUCCCUGGGCCGAACCGUGGAUCUGGGGUUGACAGGGAAGCUGGGAGCGGUGCACCCCAGUGUCGCAGACAGUGCCAGCAAGCUUGAGGAGAACGUGUAUUACUUUGGCCGCACUGUGGAGACGCUGCUACUUCGCUUUGGCAAGACCAUCGUGGAGGAGCAGAUGGUCCUGAAGCGGGUAGCCAACAUUCUCAUUAACCUGUACGGCAUGACAGCUGUGCUGUCGAGGGCCAGCCGCUCGAUCCGCGUGGGGAUCCGAAAUCACGACCACGAGGUUCUGCUGGCCAACAUCUUCUGUGCAGAAGCUUACUACCAGAAUCUCUUCACCCUGUCCCAGCUGGAUAAGUAUUCUCCAGAAAAUCUAGAUGAGCAGAUUAAGAAAGUGUCCCAGCAGGUCCUCGAGAAGCAAGCCUACGUCUGUGCCCACCCUCUGGACAGGACGUCCUGAAGCAAAGGGACAGUGUUCCCUGCUGCCCCCAGGCCAUGGCCCAUCGAUGGACAACUUUCUCCGGAAGGUGGAGCCAUUUCUUCCCCCUGUACACCAGAGGGGCUUUUUCCUGGCCUGAGGGUGCCUCCUCACACUUUGCCCUGCAGGCACUGCUGCGUGACCUGGUCCCAGGUGCUGAAGAGACCGAGAAAAUGCAGUUGGUGACACCUGGGAUUUGAGGGGCUUCCGCUAGUUUAGAUGUCACAGUGGCAGUGGGCUCAUGUUGCUGCCUCUGUGGCAGGAGACUGGCAGGGACAUGGAUAGCCACUUCUGCUAGACCACACAUUCUUGUAGACUGCGUUCUCCAAGAAACGGCCUACAAACUGUGUACAUGGAACAGAUGCACUUAAUAACCAAAAAUAUAAAAUGCACAAGUUUGUGUUUACCCUUCUA